AUGUCGUUCUAUCUCGCGAAUCAACAUAUCCUUAUAGAAGGACCCCAAAAAGCCUCUGUUGAAGAUUUACGGGCUGAAUUCUCUAAGGCUUGCGGCGCCGAUAGUGUUGUUGUGAUAAAGAAGAUAUCGGAGAAUCACAGCGGUAGUAAUGACCUGGCUGAAAUUACCCGCGAAGUUGGGUCAGCCUUCGUCGCUCUGAACGAUGAAAUCGAUGUAUUCGUCAUUGAUUCUCGAUCUCAUGCACCGUAUGGCAAGGACCCUAUCUGGGAAGUGCCUCUCAGCGAGUGGGAUCUCAAAGACAACGCCCAACCCGCCCUACGCGGAGUGUUGUCUUCAAUCAAAUCUUUUCUUCAGCACCAAGUUCAAAAGUCCAAGUCCCAAGAGGGAGCAGCCACUCUUAAGCCUUUUUCUAUCGUGAUUCUAGGUUACCGAGAGGCCUUCGGAGGCUCCCUGGACGAAGUCAUCUUGAAGUUGCAACGGGACAUCUCCUGGAUUCACACCAAUUCCUUUGUUAGUUUCAUCGACCUCCCGCAACCUGCGAGCGAAGUACGUGCGGAGGCGAUUUUAGCAGCAGUUGGUAUGCUGUUAUCAACUAAGCCUAGCAGUGGUAUCGUGUCUCUGAACUCCAUCUUGGCAACGUACAAGGCCAAGGCCGGGUCUGAUUAUAGCUCUCGUCCUGAUGUCGAGGAAAACACCCAAAUCUCCAUCCCAACCUCACUCAGCGCAAAGAAACCAAAGGUCAAGAUUGCCCUGUCGUUUGAUUUUGACGCACUAUCUGCAUUCCUGGGAACGGGGGACCACCCGGACAAUAACAUGUCUGACUACAGCACGGGCAUCUUUGCCGGGCGUAUUGGUGGUCGCCGAUUGCUGCGCAUGCUAAAGAAACACCAGGUAGCUGACAAGGUUACUUGGUUUAUCCCUGGGCACACGAUGGAGACAUUUGAAUCGACAGUUAAGGAAAUUGUUGAAUCAGGAGCGGAGAUUGGUCUGCAUGGCUAUGCCCACGAGGGCGCCUACCAGAUGACACUAGAACAGGAGAGGGAUGUGUUGCAGAAAUGCAUGGAAGUGUCACUGCGGCUUACUGGCAAGAAAGUACGUGGUUACCGGGCCCCCAUGUACCAACUGCGUGAGACGACAAUUGGGUUAUUGAAGGAGUUUGGAUUUCUAUACGAUUCGUCCCUCAACCAUCAUGACUCGCAGCCAUAUUUUACCCCGACCGACCCGCCUGUCCAGAGAAUUGACUUUGAAAAGCCGGCUAGUAGCUGGAUGCGCCCUACAGCACUUGCCCCAAUGAACACACCUUCAGGCCCUCCCCUUGUGGAAAUCCCAACCGGCUGGAAUAAUGAGGAUAUGAUGGCGCUCCAAUACUUUCCACACUUACAUAACAGUCACGGGCAUGUUGACGUCCGUGUUGUUGAGCAGAGAUGGAAGGAUAUCUUCCUCUGGCUGUGGGAGAACGCCGAAGCUGAAAGCCCCGACGGCACUUUUAUAUUCCCGCUUUUGAUGCAUCCCGACACAAGUGGAAUGGCUCAUGUUGCAGCCAUGGUAGAUCGUUUUGUUGGCUGGCUCCGCAGCUGGGGCGAUUCGGUCGAGUUCCAUACUUGCGCGAGUAUUGCUCAAGACUGGCUAGAUAAGGAAAGAGUGCAGAUAGAUUGA